GCCGAGUCAUUCGCGCCCAAGAUUCAGAUGCAGAGGUUCGUUGCGCCAAAACAAUUACCCCGAAAUGUUGCAAUGGAGCGUCGAAGAAGACAAUACAAGAAUCUGAAGAUGUCGAUGACCUUAAGGCAGGAAAAUAUCCGUCCUCGUGAUAUUUUGCCUCCAGGGGUCAUCCAGCCGCUCUCAACGGAGGAAGAUAGAUACGGUCUUUAUCCCACUGUGAAUUACCUGCCUUUAGAAGUAUUCGACGACGAAACUUUUGACUGCAGAACGUCGGAGGAUUGGGUGAACUUGGGGUCAAUUGACGGAGUUCGGCAUCCGAUCCCCGGCGAAGUCUUCGUAGAAAGACCAAAGGGACAUAAAAUUCCAGAAAAUUUCGAUGACCCUGAGAAUGGGAACCAGAGUUACGAUAGUCUAGAUUAUUUGUACGACUGGUACAACGCAGCGAUCACAGAUUACGAUAAGCAUCGCAGACUCUGGUCCGUAUUCACCCUAGAUGGGUACAAAAGGAGUUUUGUUCUUCCAAGGAUUUACAUACGUUUUUAUGCCGAAGACGCGAGGACCUCUGCUAGAAGAAUUAGCGAUGCUUUAGCAGCGAGACGUAAAACGGAAGCCUGCAUCAGGUAUAAUUUUUAUCUCGACUGCAUGCAUGUCGAGGGUAUUCCGGGCUACCCGGAGAAGGAUUUGACUUUGAUUGAGGACCUAGCGCUCAGAAAUGGAAAAGAGAAAUACUCGGAGAAAAAUAAAGCAAAAGUCUUGAGGGAAAUCAACCUUGAAUAUAAACGGACCAUGUGCGACCUCAAGUGGAGGGAGAUGAUUGGGUGUUAUCCGGGGAUGUUCAAGUUCAUCAUUGAGGUACCCACACAAGAGGAACUACCGCAUCGUGAGACUGGAAAAAUUGCAACUGGCAUGACGGAUUUCGAGAAAACUAAGAAGUUUUUUCACUGGGUUGUGCUCUGGGUCCGGCCGGAGAUACACGAGGCGAUGUCUUGCAUAGUUACCGCCUGCUUGAAAAUCGGGACUACGAAUUUAUUUAUAUCUAAUUAUGGAAAAUCGAUGACGUUGGACGAAUUCGAACAGCUACAAACCCAAACGACGGUAACCGUUGUCAAGUACUUGAAAGAACCGUGGCUUGAAAAGAUAACUCAGUCCGUCAGAAUGUGCCUCAGAGAUAUCGGUAAAGGCUGGUUUAAUCUCGAUCAAAAAUACCACGACGUCUAUGAAGUCAUGAAACUGAACAGGUUCAUGACCCUGGCCAUGCUUCGUAUGCAGAACGGUCUGCGAAAUCUUGUAGAAAAUUCUAUGGCUCUUUAUCUUUACAUGCUGGAAACUCCUGCUCUGUGCACUCUUGAUGUAAGCGAGGACUUCGUUUGGGGUGAGAAUUUGAUCGAAACACAAUUCAAGCCGAGCAAUUAUCCAAUUUUCAAUAUUGAACUUCUAAUGAACGAGAGCGGAGCAAUUUUCUCGAUCGACAUGGACACUGUUCGGGCGACGAUCAUAAAUCUUUUCGACAACGCAUUGGCAAUGUGUCAUCAGAUUAGACAGGUCCAUCCCUUCCUACUCCGACAUUUGAAGUUCCCAUCGGAUUUACUUUUAUGCUCCGUGGGGCUAAUGGAACAACAUGUAUGCCAAGUUCGUGAUCGGUUGAAUAUUUUAUACACAAAAGCUUUGAUCCCCCUGAACGCUUAUGCCAGGGAGUUCCAGAAAUACCUAGAAUUUUACGUACUGCCUGUGCAGCAGUACAUCAAGGAUUUUAUGGAAGAAAACCAUUCCGUUGUCGAGUUUAAAGAUGAGAUAUCCUUUCAUUUUCGCAUGAAGCGCAACCUUGAGCAAAGCUUACCGUCGAAUAUAUGGAUCGGACCGUUUAACGUCAAUAUACGACCAUUGAAAAUGUUCCUGAUCGAGAAGCGAAAGGAACUCGCUACCAAGCUGUUGAACAUGUUCACCACACAGCUGCAUCUUCAGAUCGACGAAAUUUUGAACGAGUAUAAGAAUAUUCACAGAAAAUUAAAUGAUGAGCCGUUCGACAUUGAACGAGUUUUUGAAAUGCGCGAUUGGAUGGAAACCAUCUCCUUGACGGUCGGCGCACUCGACGAUUCCGUGCAAAAACUCAAACUUGAGUAUGACCUUCUCGAUCAGUUCUGGUGGAACCUUUCCGACGAAGACUUCGCGCUCAAAUACGAGGCAAUCGGGUUUCCACUUCAAAUACAAAUCCAGGUGGAGGAAACCCAGGAUCUCCUUCUUGAAGCACAGGACAGAUUUUACAAAGUCCAAUUAAUGGACGAGGCUAAUCUAGUUGAAAAAAUAGACGGACUGAUAGGGAAUGUGACUAACAUAGCUCUGCAAUACGACAUUAACAAGACUCACGAGAUAGCGAUAGACGUUAAGCGGGUCUGGAAGAUUAUCAAAGAGUGCCAAGAGCAGGGACUUCUACUCAACGAACGCCAGAAACUUUUUGGAACCCCAGUAACACCAUACGAAACUCUAUCGAGACUUAUCACGGACUUUGAUCCCUACAAGACGUUGUGGAUUACUGCUUCCGAUUGGCUCAAGUGGUACGAAAUAUGGAUGGACAACCCUUUGGUAACCGUCGAUGCUUCUCAAAUCGAGAUGCUGGUCGCAGACAUGUUUAAAAGCAUGACAAGGUGCAUGAAGAUAUUCAAUGAGCAGCCACGGAUUCAAGCGAUCGCGAGUGAGAUCAGAGAGCAAAUGGACACGUUUAAACCUUACGUGGGUCUCAUACAAGCUCUGCGAAACCCAGGGAUGCAGCCUCGUCACUUCACGGAGCUGAGUGACAUCACCGGGAUCCAGAUAGCCCUCACGCAAACUCUGACGCUGAAGAAUUGCAUCGUUUUGGGUAUCAUGAAUUUCGAGGAAGAGGUGAAAAAAGUUUCCGAAGGGGCUGCGAAGGAGCACGCCAUCGAAGACUCGCUCAACAAGAUGCUAGCCGAGUGGAAAAACGUCACUAUGGAAUUCAUCCCCCACAAAAAUGCCGACACCGACGUGAUGAAGAUCGCUGACGAGAUAAUCAUGAUGCUGGACGAUCACGUCCAGACAACCCAGCAAAUAAGUUUCAGUCCCUUCAAAGCCGCAUUCGAAGACAGGAUCACGGAGUGGGAUAAUAAGCUCAAACUCAUUCAGGACGUUACUUUUUAUUGGAUGGAGGUCCAAAGAGCGUGGCUGUACCUCGAGCCAAUAUUUACCUCGGAAGACAUCAGUCGUCAGCUGCCAGUCGAGGCCAAAAAAUACAACGUCAUGGAGAGAAAUUGGAAAAGGAUCAUGAAGGCGGCACACGCCUGUCCUACGAUCAUAGACAUUUGCCCGGAUCAAAGUCUCCUCGAGAGUCUGAAGGAGUGCCUCAGUCUUUUGAACUUAGUUCAGAAGGGACUGUCCGACUAUUUGGAAACCAAACGGAUGCUGUUCCCCAGAUUCUUUUUUCUCAGCGACGACGAACUCCUCGAAAUAAUAGCACAGGCGAAAAAUGUCCACGCUGUACAACCCCACCUGAAAAAAUGCUUCGAAAAUAUCCACAAACUGAAAUUCGAGAGCGAUCUAACGAUCACGAACAUGUACUCCGCCGAACUCGAAGAAGUUACUUUGAUACCCGCCAUUGUACCAUCGGGAAAUGUUGAGGAUUGGCUCGGUCAGGUGGAGGAGGCAAUGAGGGACACCCUGAAAUAUGUGAUCGGUGCUUCCCUCGAACAAGUUGAGACUAUUUCUAGAAAAGAGUGGGUCUACAUGUGGCCAGGGCAGGUCGUCCUAUGCGGAGGUCAAACUUCCUGGACAGCGCACGUCGAAGAGGGAAUCAGAACCCGUACUCUCAAGGAUAGCUACCAGCAGAUGCUGAGACAGCUCGACGAUCUGCGAGAUCUGGUGAGAGGGGAUCAGACCGAAAUUCAAAGGAUGAUAUUGGAGGCUGUCAUUGUCAUCGAAGUACACGCGAGAGACGUGACGGCAAAAUUGGUCAACGAAAACAUCAUCAAUGCCAAUGACUUCGACUGGAUAUCGCAGCUUCGCUAUUACUGGGUAGAAGACGAGGGGCUCAUGGUCCGGGCGGUGAACGCCGAAUUUCCUUACGGGUACGAGUAUCUCGGGAACAACGGACGUCUUGUUAUCACGCCUUUGACGGAUCGUUGUUAUUUGACUUUGACCGGUGCUCUACAUUUGAAGUUCGGCGGUGCUCCAGCGGGGCCGGCCGGAACCGGGAAAACUGAAACGACCAAAGAUCUUGCGAAAGCUUUUGCUAUCCAGUGCGUCGUAUUCAACUGCUCCGACCAGCUGGAUUUUAUGUCGAUGGGGAAAUUCUUCAAGGGUCUCGCCAGCUCCGGCGCUUGGGCCUGCUUCGACGAAUUCAACAGGAUCGACAUUGAAGUAUUAUCCGUAAUUGCGCUCCAAAUAUUGACGAUACAAAAGGCUCAACAGAUCUCAGCGAACAGGUUCGUAUUCGAGGGGGUUGAUCUACCGUUAAGACCGUCGUGUGCCGUUUUUAUUACGAUGAACCCCGGUUACGCGGGACGUACGGAGCUCCCGGAUAAUUUGAAGGCUUUGUUUCGCCCGGUUGCUAUGAUGGUCCCUAACUACACCUUAAUAGCUGAGAUAUCGUUAUUUUCCUUUGGAUUUUCCGACGCCAAACAGCUGGCUGGAAAAAUAACAUCAACUUUCAAAUUAAGCUCCGAACAGCUCAGUGUACAAGAUCAUUAUGAUUUUGGCAUGCGAGCAGUGAAGACGGUGAUCGCAGUUGCUGGCAAUCUAAGGCGCGAGCAGCGUAACAUGACGGAGGCUCAGAUAUGCCUGCGGGCUUUGCGGGAUGUGAACGUGCCGAAGUUCCUGAAAGACGACUUAAAGCUGUUUAACGGAAUCGUCUCCGACCUCUUUCCGAAAAUGACUGAGCAGGCCGUAGACUACGGGAUUCUAGAAGCUAGUAUUCGCAAGUCCAUCAAGACUAAAGGCCUGCAGGACAUUGAUGAAUACGUGAAGAAGGUGAUACAGCUUUAUGAGACGACGGUCGUACGUCACGGUCUGAUGCUGGUGGGGCCUACCGGAUCGGGGAAAACGAAGUGUUACGAGAUUCUGAAAGACGCCUGCACCAAUCUGAGAGGGAAACCGCAACCCAGUGGAAAACCUUUCACGCCCGUACACACGUUUGUUCUGAAUCCAAAGUCGAUUACUAUGGGGCAAUUGUACGGAGAGUACGAUAUCAACACUCACGAAUGGACCGACGGAAUAUUGUCGAACAUGAUAAGGGCCGGGACAACGGCAAACAACGACGACAAACGAUGGUACGUUUUCGACGGUCCGGUGGACGCCGUGUGGAUAGAAAAUUUGAACACCGUACUCGACGACAAUAAAAAACUUUGUCUGACUUCCGGCGAAAUUAUGAAACUCGUACCCACCCAGACAAUGAUGUUCGAAGUCGCGGAUUUGAGGGUCGCCUCUCCAGCGACUGUCUCCAGGUGCGGAAUGGUAUACCUCGAACCAGGUGUUCUCGGUCUACAACCUUUCAUAGAUUGUUGGAUCGCGGCGCUACCAGAGACGAUGAAAGACUUCGCGCAACAGCUCUCCGACCUCUCCUACCAUUUCGUUAUUCCCGGUUUAAAACUACUCCGGCAAGAACUCCAGGAAAUCGUAGCUACCGUGGACAGCGCGAUGGUCAUGUCGUACUUCAAUCUACUUCAAUAUCGUAUCGGUCCGAUGGCGGGACGCGACGGAAAAGCUCCACCGUCCCUCGCCUUCCAAAGAUUGAUACCGAAACUUAUCACACCGUGGGUCGCUUUUUCUGUUGUCUGGAGUCUGGGAGCUACUUGCGAUUACAACGGUCGUCGCGUCUUCGAUACUUGGAUUCGAAAAAUGCAAAAAGACGCGAGACAUGACAUGCAAUUCCCUACUCAAGGAUUGGUGUACGAUUACAGGUUACACGACGGCGGAUUCACCGAUCCCAUCGAAGGAAGCGAACCCCUUCCACCCACGUGGGUCAAGUGGCUGGACGAUAUUCCAUCGAUAAAAAUCACCCCUGACACAAAAUUCGCUGACAUGGAAGUGCCGACGAUCGACAACGUGCGUAACGCUGCGCUUAUCGGGUACCUCCUGGUAAACGACAGUCACAUUCUAUGCGUGGGACCAACGGGAAGCGGGAAAACGUUGACGGUUUCCACAAAAUUGGCGCGUAAUAUGCCGAAGAAAUAUAUCUGCGAUUUCAUCACCUUCUCCGCGAGGACGUCGGCGAAUCAGACGCAGGAUCUAAUCGACUCGAAGCUGGAAAAGCGACGCAAAGGAGUCUACGGGCCUCCGAUACUCAAGAAACAAGUGUUUUUCAUAGAUGACCUAAAUAUGCCGACCCUCGAAGUCUACGGCGCUCAACCACCGAUUGAACUCAUACGUCAGUUCAUGGAUUUCAGCGGAUGGUACGACCGCACGGAGAUUGGGCAAUUCCACUUGAUAUACGACUGCAACUUUGUCGCUGCAAUGGGACCUCCGGGCGGUGGACGGAAUCCGGUUACCACUCGUUUGACUCGUCAUCUUCAUCACCUAGCGUUCACGGAAAUGGAGGACGAUGUGAAGAGAAAUAUUUUCGGUACGAUUCUCAAGUCUUGGAUGGAGCGUACGACGGUACUCGAGGAAUUAUUGAAUGUUGCGGUGAACGCCACCCUCCGUGUCUACAAUAUUAUAGUCUCUGAAUUACUACCCACGCCCGACAAAUCUCACUACACUUUUAAUCUCAGGGAUUUGAGCAAAGUGUUUCAGGGCAUAUUGAUGGUUAACCCAGAGAGGAUUCCGAACGUGGAAGAAUUCAUGAUGCUCUGGUACCACGAAAACAUUCGUGUCUUCAGCGAUCGUUUGGUGAACGACGUUGAUCGCGCCUGGUUCGACGAUCUGUUGAGAAAAAUUCUCAGGGAAAGAUUCGAUUGCGAUACGGACAAGGUGAUCGGUAACGGAAAAUUACUCUACGGUGAUUUUUACGAAUCCCACAAUCAAUACGUGCAGAUAGUGAGCAUGGAAAAGUUGGAAACAAUUUUAUUGAACAAUCUCGAGGAGUACAAUAACUCAACGACCUCACCGAUGAGGCUGGUUCUUUUCGAGGACGCGAUGGGACACAUCUGUCGUAUCGCGCGUGUUCUACGUCAGCCAAGAGGAAACGCUCUGCUGUUGGGAAUGGGCGGAUCAGGGCGUACCAGUUUGACCAAGCUAUCCGCUUUCAUAAUGGAGUACGACUGCUUCCAAAUAGAAUUGAGCAAAGCGUAUGGGAACAACGAAUGGCGGGAGGACAUAAAAUCGAUGAUGCUUAAGGCCGGGACGAAGAGACAAACGAUCGUCUUCAUGUUCUCGGAUACCCAGAUAAAGAACGACUCGUUCCUGGAGGACUUGAACAACAUACUCAACUCGGGUGAUAUUCCGAACAUCUACGCGACCGAAGAACUUGAAAUAAUUUAUCAAGUAAUGCGUGGCCCCACGCAGGAGGCCGGACUCCCUUUGACGAGGAGUAACCUUUUUUCCGCCUACCUGAAGGUCGUUCGUAGCAAUCUUCACACCGUCGUCAUGAUGAGCCCACUCGGGGAGAUAUUUCGGGCUCGUCUAAGACAGUUUCCGGCGUUGGUGAACUGCUCUACGAUCGACUGGUUCAGCGCUUGGCCCGCGGCAGCUCUUGAGAGCGUCGCCUUGCAGUUUCUCAGCGAAACGAAAGACAAGAGUAUAUCCGGGACCGCCUUACCUUACAUCGUGAAAACUUGCCAAUUUAUGCACUCCAGUGUCAUUCAGGCCAGCGCUGAUUUUCUACAGGAACUUUCGCGGCACAAUUACGUGACACCUACGUCCUAUCUGGAAUUGCUGUCAAGUUACACGGUGCUUAUAAAGCAGAAAAAGGAAGAGCUUAUCUCGAGGGUGAAUCGUCUGUCGUUAGGCUUGGACAAGCUGGCAUCGACUCAAGUCGAGGUAGAGGAAAUGCAGACGCUACUGGCAGGGAUGAAACCAGAACUCGAUAAAGCCAGUGCGGCUACCGCCGCGAUGAUAAAACGCAUAACGGCGGAUACGAUCGAGGCGGAAAAAACCAAGCUGCUCGCCUUGGAACAGGAAAAAGAAGCGUCGCGUGUUAAAGAAAAAUGUGAAGCCAUCAAGGAAGAAGCUGAGGCAGAUCUCAGCGAGGCUCGACCGAUGCUCGAAGAAGCUGAGGCUAGUUUGAAAGCGCUGAAUAAGGGGGAUAUAACGGAAGUAAAGGCGAUGAAGCGACCUCCCGUUGGUGUGGUGCUGGUCAUUGAGGCGAUCUGCAUAAUCAAGGACGUCAAACCGUUGAAGCUUCCAGGAAAAAUGCCGGGCGAAAAAGUUCUCGAUUACUGGACGCCUGGCAUCCAAUUGUUGGCAGACGCCGGCCAUUUUCUGAACUCUCUGUCGAAUUACAACAAGGAGGACAUCACAGCUGAGAUGAUAAAAAAGCUGGAGCCCUACGUUGAAAAUCCGGCAUUUCGACCGACCCAAGUCAUCCAAGUGUCUCGGGCAUGUCAUUCCCUGUGUCUGUGGGUGCACGCUAUGUACAACUACUACUUCGUCAAUUUGAAAGUUGCACCGAAAAUGGAAGCACUGGCUAAGGCUGACGAGGCGCUUCAAGAAACCAAAAAAACGCUGGCAGCCGCUAUGGAGAAACUCAAAGAAGUGGAAGAGGGAAUCCAGAGUCUUCAAGAACUGCUGAAGGUCGCGGAGGAUAAAAAAGCUGUGUUGGAGAACGAGAAGCAAAUAUGCGAAGAGCGGAUGCUGCGGGCGGUGCGUCUGGUCGUCGGUCUCGCCGACGAGAGAAACCGCUGGAUCUCGACCGUUGCCGAUAUUAAAAUUGCCCUGCGCAACGUCAUCGGGGACAUACUACUUUCUGCUGGCGCUGUCGCAUAUCUCACCCCGUUCACCGAUACGUACCGAGAGAAACUCCUCGGUUCGUGGUAUUCGGUAUUAGGGGAUGGAGUUCCUCACACCGAAGGUUGCACUCCCGUUACCACCCUUGGGAACCCAGUGGAGAUCAGGAAGUGGCAAAUCGACGGGCUACCGCGAGAUGCUUUUUCGGCGGAAAAUGCGGUUCUGGUAAUGCAUUCCAGGAGAUGGCCUCUGUUCAUCGAUCCUCAAGGACAAGCGAACAAAUGGAUCCGGAACAUGGGUAAACUGAAUUUGUCGGUGGUGAAAAUGAGCGACGCGGAUCUCAUGCGGGUGCUCGAGGGAUGCGUUCGAUUUGGAAAAAGCUGCCUGAUCGAAAACGUUGGAAGUACGUUAGAGGCGGGUAUAGAUCCGGUGUUGAAAAAGGCGCUGUUCAGACAGGGGGGUCAAACGGUCAUCAAGCUCGGCGAUAACAUAAUACCUUACAACGCUGAUUUCCGGCUCUACAUGACCACGAAAUUGACCAACCCCCAUUAUACUCCGGAAAUAGCCAUUAAAGUGUUGCUCGUUAACUUCACCCUCACCGUCAGCGGAUUGUCCGAUCAAAUGUUGGCAUUGGUAGCGAUGCAGGAACGCCCGGACCUCGAAGAGGCGCGCGGAGCUCUUGUUAUAGCCAGUGCAGAGAUGAAGCAGGACUUGAAGGAAAUAGAGGAUCGCAUACUCUACAGACUCACGAUAUCCGAGGGCUCCGCGGUCGACGAUAUCGACCUCAUUAUGACCCUGGAGGCUUCCAAGAUCAAAAGCGAAGAGAUCAAGGAGAAGGUGGAAAAAGCUGAAAUGACGCAGGCGGAAAUCGAUACCACGAGAAGCACAUACAUCCCCGUGGCGAAUCGAGCGCGCAUUUUAUUCUUCUGUCUGUCGGACUUGCAGUACGUCGACACCAUGUACCAGUAUUCUCUCGAGUGGUUCAUCAAUAUUUUUUCCUCGAGCAUGACCGCCACCGAUGCGAACAAUGACGUCCAGGUGCGCAUCGCCACUAUAAAUAAUCACUUCACCUUUAAUUUGUUCUCCAACGUUUGCCGGAGUCUCUUCGAGAAGCACAAACUACAUUUCGCAUUUCUCGUCUGCGUGCGUCUCAAACUGGACCAAAAUCUCAUCGAUCCGGUGGAGUGGAGAUUCCUGCUCUCCGGAACGACUCCGUUACAGUCUUCCCCCAAUCCCUCGCCAGACUGGAUAUCGCCGAGAUGCUGGAAGGAAAUACAGUCGCUGGAGAGUCUGCCAAAAUUCGAAGGAUUUGUGGAUUCCUUCAAGAAGCUAUUGCCCCAGUUUAAAAACGUAUUUGACGCUCAGGAGCCGCAGACGGUUCCGCUACCCAAUCCCUGGCGAAGCUCCCUCGACGAGUUCCAAAAAAUGUUGGUACUCAAGUGCCUGCGACCUGGGAAAGUGACGAACGCCAUGCAGAUGUACAUCGCAAAGUUUUUGGGCGCUCGAUUCGUCGAGCCCCAAACCACCGAGUUGUCAGCGAUGUACCAAGACUCCGAGCCCGUGAUACCGCUGAUAUUCGUUCUCUCGACCGGGACAGACCCGGCGGUCGAGCUCUACAAGUUCGCGGACAAGUUGAAAAUGGGGAAAAAAUUGUACACCAUAUCACUGGGGCAGGGUCAAGGACCGCGGGCCGAGCUGAUGCUCAAACAGUCGAUGGACGCCGGGAACUGGGUAUUUUUCCAGAAUUGUCACUUGGCCCCGAGUUGGAUGCCGCGACUCGAAGCACUCGUGGACGAACUUUCCCCCGACACUACCCAUCGCGACUUCCGCCUCUGGCUCACCUCGUUACCCUGCCAACAUUUUCCCGUUAGCAUACUACAGAAUUGCAGUAAAAUAACCGUGGAGCCUCCUCGAGGUAUCAAGGCAAAUAUGCUGCGGGCCUACUUGACCCAAAUCAUGGAAUUGGAGGACCACCUCAACCUAGAGGACAACAAAAUUCACAACUUUAAGUAUCUACUGUUCGCGCUGUGCAUGUUCCACGGGAUUUUACUGGAACGACGAAAAUUUGGACCGCUCGGUUUUAACAUCCCCUACGAAUUCACCAACGGCGAUUUGACCAUCUGCAUAUCGCAGCUCAGAAUGUUCCUAGCCGAAUACUCCGACCUCCCUUUCAAAGUUCUCAUCUACACCGCUGGACACAUAAAUUACGGGGGUAGAAUAACCGACGACUGGGAUCGUCGCUGUGUUUUAACGAUCCUCGAAGAUUAUUACAGGAAGGAAGUUGCCUCGCCGAAUUACGAAUUCGACGCGAAGGGUGCCUACCAUCAGCUACCCGGUGACACGCCGUUCGCCGAAUACGUAACUUACGUGAAAACUUUCCCUCUGAACGACGACCCCUCUUUAUUCGGGCUCCAUGAAAACGCCGAUAUAAGUUACGCCCAGGCGGAAACGCACGCUUGUCUCGACACUCUGCUGGCUCUUCAGCCGAAGGAAGUUGGCGGUGCUGCGGCCAGCAGCAUGGAAGAAGUUUCUUCCAAACGCGCCAAGGAUAUUCUCGAGGAACUUCCGCCACUUUUUAACCUCGGCAAUUUUCACGAGAAGUAUCCGGUUCUUUACGAGGAGUCACUGAAUACCGUGCUAUUCCAGGAGGCGAAACGCUACAACGGUCUCCUCCAAGAGCUGACCCUGUCGCUCAACGAUCUUCUCAAGGCUUUGCGGGGUCUGGUAGUGAUGUCCGAAAGGCUUGAAACAAUGUCCGGCAGUUUGUUCAACAACAAAGUACCGAAAAUUUGGGCGGACAAGGGUUACGCCUCGCUAAAGCCCCUCGGCGCAUGGGUGAUCGACCUGAAAGAACGGAUAAAGUUCAUCACGGAGUGGUACAACAAGGGAAUACCCGCGGCGUUCUGGAUAUCGGGAUUUUAUUUUCCCCAAGCCUUUCUCACGGGAACUCUUCAGAACUUUGCUCGAAGAUACGCCACGUCCAUCGACACGAUCGACUUUGCCUUCACCGUUCUGUCGGGCAAACCGAAACAAAAACCCAAAGACGGCUGCGCAGUUUACGGACUGUUCCUCGAAGGAUGUCGAUGGGGUGGUUCCGCUCUGGCGGAAUCCUUGCCAAAGGAAUUGUACACAGAAAUGCCGACCAUAAUGCUUCUUCCCGAAGAAAAUCACGUGCACCCUACCCGAGGGAUCUACGACUGCCCGGUCUACAAAACGAUAACCAGAGCCGGUACACUGAGUACAACGGGACACUCGACGAACUUCGUACUGUCGAUGGAAAUACCUAGCCACAGACUGCAAGCUCACUGGAUCAAAAGGGGUGUCGCUUUGCUUUGCGCCCUCGACUACUGAGGGUCAAAAGUUCGUCGGUUUUCGCUUCUUCACUUCCGUGGACCCACAAAGUAAUCGUUAACGAGGGAACUAAUUGGGCGAUGGGUCAGGAUAAUUAUUCCCACGAAAUAGUUUUUUUUUUUUAUAAUAUUUUUAAAUCUGCAUCUAGAGGACACAUCCGGUGAAUCGGGUCGAAAUAAAUAUUGAAUUUCGCUAAAGUUCUCGCUAGAUGAAACCGGGUAGAGAAGGUCCUCGAGAAGGAUAUCCGUCUUUAUUCCGUGGUGCAUGAAUUUCAAGAGAAUCAAGUUGCCCACAUUCGCCGUGUAUCGUGAACCUUUUGCCUCGCAACCCUUGUGAAAAUAUCGGUUACACCGACUACGUCGCUAUUAAAGAUCCAUCGCCUCGGUACGGGAUUCUCCCCUCCCCCCUCCCCCCCUCGUCAUCAAUAACCGUAAGCGCGAAUCGUGAGAAGACUAUCGAUGUAGAGGCGCUUGUCAUUCCUUGUUAUUCAAAGCGCACCGGGACCCGCUGCUCGGAUUUAUCACCCUCAAUAUUUCUCUACUUGAUAUCGGUUUAGAUUUACCCUUGUAAUUUGGGUGGCUGGUUCUCGUUUUCUCGUUGGGCCUCCUCGCAUCUUCAUCGCUGCUUUAUUUUCUCUCUCACAGAGAUAAGAAGAGUCGCGAGGGUGAUGUAGAGCUUCGUUAAAAUUCGCCUUCGUGCAAAAGACGACGUAUUAUGUACAGCGAUUCGUCAUCCUCGCUCUCUACGAACUCAACCAUAGUCGGAGUCGGUACACGGUACGACUAAUGACCGAGUCUCGGGAGCAAAAACUAGGAAACACGAGAAAAAAAAAAAAAAAGUGAAUAAAUAAUAAUUCCAGCUUACCCAAAAAAUUACUCGCUUUGUAACGGUUAUUAUGCUGCGGAAAAUGCUGAGAAAAUUACCAGAUAUUUUCACAGCUUCUACGAUGUUCGCGUUCCGCGCAAGUUGUCUACUGCGUUUCGAAAUUUUGUUGAUAAAAUUUUUCAUUCCAAACGCCCCUAGAAUUAACGACGUGGGAUGGAGAAAAAAAAAAUUGUUAAUUUUUUUUGGGGGGGUGCUACACGGUCGAGUCUAUGCGGUGACCUUGUUUCACCUAAAAUGGCCUCCAAUUAUCGUGAAUCGAGUAGAAUUAUUGCGAAUUAUCGUUGAGCCCGGGGGUUAGUCGGUUACGGUUUAUAUCAACCCCACAGCCGAAUGGAUCAGACGAGUAAAAAGGCGGACAAAAACCGUUGUCUUUUCACGUUGUAAUAUGGAUUCCAUGCAAUUAUAGGAGUUUUCAUAAAUCGUGAAUAAAUAUUUACCAAAGUUACCGAUGCUCAUCUUAUGGAGAGGAGAGAAGGUGCACAGUUACUCAAACUGAUUAAUUCCUCGCAGCAUUUGCUUCGUGAAUAAUUGAGAAAACUUUGCCGAGAGCUCUUUUGACCAAUCGGACAUAAUUCAGAAGAGACCGAUACGAAACGUGAACUGCAUUUUUUAAAUAGACCGUCCAUAAAUAAUUUUGCACAAAAUGACGUAGCAAAGGUAAGUGCAGCGAGCACCUGUAAUAUUUGUUUCACGAGAAAAAUGUAAAGAGAAUACGUCGACGAGCUGCGCCGAGCGGGGGACUGUGACGAUAAAUGUAGAAUACAUAUGGGUCGUUAAUUGAUGGGGGAGGGGAUUAUGUGACGGUACUUCGUUUACCCGUUGAACUAGACGUGAGAGUAAAUAGGAGAUAAGAAAAUUCAGACAUGACCGAGAGGAAGGGAGCACCCCUAACGAUAAGGGAGAGAGAACGAAGAAGGGAGUGGUUGUCCUUCGUCCGUCCUCGGUCUAUUCUUUGUUUGUCCUGCAUUGUGAGCCGACAUGCGACAGAUCACGCUAGCCGGUGUUAUACGACUUGGAA